CCACUUCGUCCAGCAGAGUGGAGCCUCCCACACGAAGCGACUUUCACGUCCGCGGUGCAAAGUUUCGAGACGUUCCGCUCAGUGGCGGUGGGUGUCGUAAACCUCUAAACUCACAGCAACUCCUCGUAAAGCACGCACGUCUCCUCUCCCCGUCGAGGUCCAGGUGGCAACGCGGACGGGGCAAGAUGUCCGUCGCAGGAUUCAAGAAGCAGUUCUACAAAGCAAGCCAGUUGAUGAGUGAAAAGGUUGGAGGUGCAGAGGGAACCAAACUGGAUGAAGACUUCAAGGACCUCGAGAGGAGAGCAGAUAUCACCAGCAAAGCAGUGGUGGAAGUCAUCAAUAAAACAUCGGAGUACCUCCAGCCCAACCCUGCAACGAGAGCUAAGCUUUCCAUGCUCAACACAGUGUCCAAAAUCCGCGGACAGGUGAAUAGUCCGGGCUACCCACAGCCCGAGGGCCUCCUGGGGGAGUGCAUGACCAAGUAUGGACAGGAUAUGGGCGAGGACACCAAUUUUGGUGGGGCUCUUGUAGACAUAGGGGAGACUAUGAAGAGGAUGGCUGAGGUCAAAGACUCUCUGGAUAUUGAUGUGAAGCAGAACUUUAUUGACCCACUGCAGGCGGUCGCUGAGAAGGAUAUCAAGGACAUUCAGCACCACCUGAAAAAGCUGGAGGGCCGUCGCCUGGACUAUGAUUACAAAAAGAAACGUCAGGGUAAAAUCCAAGAUGAGGAGAUCAGGCAGGCCCUGGAGAAGUUCCAUGAGUCCAAAGAAAUGGCUGAGGGCUCCAUGCAUAACCUGCUGGAAACAGAUGUGGAGCAGGUGAGCCAGCUGUCGUCCUUCGUGGAGUCUAUGCUGCAGUACCACAGACGGGCCGCAAACAUCCUGGAAGAGCUUUCUGACAAACUGAGAGAAAGGGUGACUGAUGCUCAGAACCGUCCACGGCGUGAAUACUUACCCAAACCAAGACCAGAAUACGAUUACGGAGAGGUAGAGCAGUCCAACGGAGGAUACUCGCCUGCUGCAACAAGCCCCCCAGCGUACUCCACCGCUCCAGCACAAUAUCAAGGUCCUUCCUUCCAAAGAAGCUCCGUCAGGAGCAGGCCACCUGAGCCGUGCUGUAAGGCCCUGUAUGACUUUGAGCCGGAGAACGAGGGAGAGCUGGGCUUCCACGAGGGUGACAUCAUCACCUUGGUCAGUCAAAUCGAUGAGAACUGGUUCGAGGGAUCCCUUCGUGGAAAAUCGGGAUACUUCCCAAACAACUAUGUUGAAGUGGUGGUGCCGAUAUCGCACUGAGGGAGAGGGAGACGGCAGAGGAUGGAACAGGGGGAAUGAUAGAGGGUUUGUCGACUCUCAUUAACCAAAAAAAUUGCUUUUGUUUAUUGUAAUUAAAGGGUAAACAUCUCAAAACAGGGACCUAAUUUUUAUAUCUACGAGUUAUAUUGGAGCAAGGCCUUUUCUCCCACUCUAAUAAGAUUGAAUGGAUUUUUUUCUAAAAACAGAAAGGAUGGAGGGAUGUCCAACCAGAGAAAUGAUCGCCUGAUGUCUGAGUGCAUUUGCCAUAUCCUGAGUCUUUAUAUCUGAUCUCUAUGCACCUGUGCACUUUGUACACUACACCCCAAUCAUUAGGACUGACGAAGAAAGAUCAAGAUAGAAUGACAUCUGUUAUAACAUGUCCAGCAGUAUCCACAAACACUAAGAAGUGUGACUUCUUUAUUCUUAUAUUCCUAUUUUACAUUCCCAAUAUGAAUGGUUCUAUGUGUUGAUUCAUAUUGGUACUACACACACACAUGCAUGUAUUUUUCCAAGCACCGUUUUCUACACUCCCACAUCUCACCUCCGUGCCUCUAGGCGGUCGUACUGUUGUCAUCACAGACUCAACAUGGAGGACACACAGCCUUCUGUUAAUGUGUAAAACUAUCCUCCGCUGCCAUCUGGUGGUACACAUGAUGAUUUUAACUAUUGGUUUGAGUGGCCCUGUCACAUGGGUAUUUAUAUGAGAGAGAGAGAGAGAGACUGCCUGCUGUUUGUCACUGAAAUUGCAGUUUAACAGACAUCAGCCGAGUUUAUUUUUAGACAAAAAAGUUGUUUGAAAGUUUAUUUUUAGAGGACUGUAGGGUUCCAUAAAUUACUUAUUUUUAAUUUCAUUUAUCACUUGUUUCUAAAUUGUCAGUAAGUUGAUUUACCUACAGCUUAACCCCUUGUUUGUCAGCGCAAUCCACCCGCUUGACUCUUAAAACCAAAGAAAGGUUGCACAAAAUCCAAAACUGUCUGCAGCUGCUGCUUGUCAAUAAAAAGACCGGGAUGUCAUACAGCCGUAUGACAUCCGUGUGUGCAAAACGCUUGGAUAUUAAUAAUAUUUAAUUAUAUGCAAAUACAUUUGGGUUUUUUUACCUUCUAUUUACCUAACAGACGCAGACAUUUGAUUCCAUUAUAAUGCAGCGCACAAUCACGCUACAUGAUUCUCCCACAGCCUCCGAACAAUUUGCAUUACACCAAAGGCGUAAGCAUGCUCCCGUCAGUCCCUCUGUGCUCUCAGGCUCUCGUGAUGCUGCUGGCAGUGUCAGUCACACUGUUGUCUGGGCUUUUACCCAAACUGUUUCGUCAAUGAAUUUUCAAUCUUGUGAUUUAUUUUCUCCCUCGGCACCAGGGUACGCUUGGCUUUAGUGCUCCGACCUAUAAUUUCAGAGCAUGGAAAUUAAUCUGAUGUGUAUUUGGAUGUUUUUUGUACCUGCCUCAGUUUUCGAGAUGAAACUGUGCACCAGACCUGACAGAAAACGCUACACCCCAACUAUUGUGUUGGCAAUAUACUAAUAACGAGUAAGGUCUUCACACAAUGGCUUGUUUCAGUUUCAUUUAAGCCCAUUACCAGCUUCACUAUGAACUGUGAGGGUUUGUGCUUUUCACUAAAAUGCCAACUUUCUCCUGUUGUCAGGAUCUCCUUGUUCGACCGCCCCCCACCCCACUCAUCCCUCCCGUCUCUAUUUAAACCGGGAGCGGAACAGACAGGCCUUUUCAGCAGGGAAGGGCACACAGCGGUGGAUUAUGCCCUCCCUCCCCCACCUACUAGUCUUACUCACCACCUGCCCCCUGUACCACCCCCCCCCCCCCCCCCCCCCCCACCCCAAUUAUCUGCCCAAUCCCAUGGUGCCUAUGGAGCUAGUCUCCCGGUCCAUCUCUGCAAUAAUCUCCUUGUUAUCGUAGUAUGUGCCUCCUGAUAUUAUGCUAUCAUGUCUCCUAUGUUAUCGUGUUAUGUAUAAGGCCAAAGUGUUUGGCUGUGCUGAAUAAUAACUGGUUCAGGUGUGGAUUCUCAUGCCUCAUUAUACUGAAUCAAAAGCCCGGUGUUUGUGAGGGGAGCGGAGGGUCAGGGGCUCAGGUUGAGCUAUUAUGCAUCUUGUAUAAUGAUGAUGAUUAAUGUGGUGGAACAAAGGGCUAAGAUCAAUUUUUGUGUGCUGCAGCUGUCACAGCUGAAAUAGUUGUCCUACUGCUGUGGCUGACAUUUAUUGCAGCACUACAUUCUGUGAUGGUUUGUUUUCGCAUCCAUACCCAGAAGUGUCCCGACUUUAUAACACUAUAUAACGAAUGAAGUAUUAUUGGCCUUAAAAAACAUUAUUUUAUUAUGCACAACUGUUUUCUGUGUAAGAAAUAUAACCGCUUUGUAACCUGCAUGUGUCUUCUUACGUCUCCUGCGUCUUAGUUGAUGCCCUUUCUUUUGUAAUUGUUACUGUGGGGGGAUUAUCCUGGAUUAUCUAUAGGAUAUAUGGUUUACCUCUAUAUUAAAUGUAAUCUUAUGUGUAUUGUAUAUUUUUGUUAUUAUGUAAAGGGGAACCCAUGCUGUUCAUGUGCUUUUUCGAAUAAAUGUUUAAUAAUA